CGGGGCUUUGGGAUGUCCUGGCACAGUCUUGGCCUCUUUUGCCUUCACAAUGUUUGGGGACUUAUUCGACGAGGAUUUUUCCUUCAUUUCCAACAAUCACUGGGGAAAAGGGAAGACAUCAAAGCCCAGAGAGUGUGAACCUCCAGCUCCCAGGGAUUUCACCAACCUCAGCGGGAUCAAAAACCAGGGUGGGACCUGCUACCUCAAUUCCCUGCUGCAGACUCUGCUUUUCACACCAGAAUUUAGAGAGGCCUUGUUUUCUCUGGGACCUGAGGAACUCGGGACACUGGAUGACAGCAGGAAACCAGAUGCAAAGGAGAUGAGGCAACACGAUGUGCAGGAGUUGAACAGGAUCCUGUUCAGUGCUCUGGAGACCUCCCUGGUGGGGACAUCAGGCCAUGACCUCAUCAACCGACUGUACCACGGGAUUGUUGUCAACCACAUCGUGUGCAAGGAGUGCAAGAAUGUCAGUGAGAGACAGGAAGAUUUCUUAGACCUCACGGUGGCAGUGAAAGGUGUUGCUGGCUUGGAGGAGGCCCUGUGGAACAUGUAUGUGGAAGAAGAAUACUUUGAAAAUGACAACUUGUAUCGAUGUGGAGCCUGUGAUAAACUUGUUGAAGCUUCAAAGUCUGCCAAGCUGCGGAAGCUGCCGCCGUUCCUCACCGUGUCCCUGCUGAGGUUCAACUUCGACUUCGAGAAGUGCGAGAGGUACAAGGAGACGAGCUGCUACACCUUCCCCCUGCACAUCGACCUGAGGCCUUUCUGUGAGCAGCCUGAAAUGGAUGAUUCAGAGUACAUGUAUGAGCUCUUCUCUGUUAUUAUACACAAAGGUGGCUGCUAUGGAGGACACUAUCAUGUUUAUAUCAGAGAUGUGGAUGAAUUAGGAAACUGGCAGCUACAGGAAGAAGAAAAGCUGAUUGAAGAUAAGGCUGGAAGAGAUGCUGAAAAUUCCAAAGAAACUGAGAAUCCACUGGCAGUCUUAAAAGGGAUUUUAGCAGAGGAAGACUCGAAGCAAAUUCCCGUGGAUCAAUUAGGGCAGAAAUUAUUGGAGAAAAAAGGGGUGUCCUGGAAUAAGAAAUACAGAAAACAAUAUGGAGCGUUAAGAAAGUAUUUGCAGCAUCACCCUCAGGUGUUCCAGCUGAGCCCUGAUGCCAACAAGGUUGGCCUGAAGGAAGCCCACGAGCUCCUGGUGGAGCUGGAUUCUCCAGGCCAAGCUCUGCAGAGCCCUCCUCAGAGCAAUGGUGUCCCCUGGAACUCAGAGAAGAGCCCCCCGAGGCCGAGGGCCACCUCUGCUUGUGGCCACUGGUUUGAUCUCAACGAUUCCAAAGUCCAGCCCAUCAAGGAGAAGGAUAUUGAGAAACAAUUCCAGGGUAAAGAGAGUGCCUACAUGCUGUUUUACCGAAAAUCCCAGUUGAAAAGACCUCCUGAAGCACGAGGAAAUCCGAGGUACCAAAUUCCUGAGCACCUCCUGGAUGAAAUGAAUGCUGCUAACACUGAGCUGCAAAAAAAGAGAGCUGAAUGUGACUCAGCCAACAAUGGCAUUGAUUUACAUCUCCAUCUGAGCUCCUGCUACAAAUUCCACAACGGGGCUUUGCAUCCCUCCCUCUCCUGGAAAGAGAGCGUGGUGGAUUUGACUAUUGACAGGAGGAAAACCCUGGGAGACCUUCGCCAGGCAGUUUUCCAGAUGUUGGACUCCUGGGAAGGAGACAUGGUUCUGAGUCUGGCCAAGCCUUUACCAGCAGGGUUACAUCUCUACCAGAUGCUUGAUGGAGAUGAGCUGAGCCUGGACGGCAUUGGGGUGGCUGAUGGAACAGACAUCUUUGUGUGGAAUGGGAAAGAGGUGGGAGGCACCAGGGUGCUGGCGGGCGCCGAGCACGAGCCCGUGGUGCUGAACGUGCUGCGCCUGGCCGGGCACAACGAGGGAGGCAAGGGCCAGCACUUCACCGAGGCCCAGCACACCUUCUCCUGCAGCACCAGCCUGGGGGACCUGCACAGAGCCCUGGCUCCCUCGGGGGGAAUCGUCCUCAGGAACAGCUCUGAAGCAGCAGCUGAUGAUGUUCUCCAUGUUUUUAUCCUCCCUGAAGUGCCUGAGGAUUACACUGUCAAGGAAGCAGAACUGAAGAUGGGAAGCUUGCUUGGGUUGUGCCAUGGGAAAGCUCCAACUUCCACUCAGCUCUUCCUGUACUUUAUGGUUGGGAGUGACCCAAACUCGAGCCCUGAGAUGGAGAUAGUUGUGGAGGAGACUGCCUCUGUCAGAGAGUGUCUCAAUUUAAUGCUGCAGAAAUGUGGAUUAUCAGGUGAUAACUGGCAUUUGAGAAGGCUUGACUGGUGCUAUGAAGCAGGGGAAGCACUAAGUCAGGAAAAUGCCACCCUGAAGGAACUCAAUGUGUGCAGAGGAGACACGUUGGUCAUAACAGAAGGAAAACUUCCAGAAAAGGGUUUCCUGAAAAUUCCCAUCUGGUGGCUCAGGCCUUCAAGCCAUAAGAAACAUGGAGAGAAUGCUCAGAACCAAGUGAAUGGGCUAACCUGCCAGAUGGAAGCUUUGCAGGUGUCUGCUGGGACAGCUUCCCCAGAAGCCACCCACCCAGCCAUGGAGCUUUGUUAUGCUGGCAGGAUAGAAAUAGCAGGAGAAGCUUCUCUGGAGGAGCUGAAGCUGCAGGCCCUGACCUUGCCAUGCUGCCAGGAGCAGGUUGUGCCCCUGCCCUCAUUCCUCAGGGCAUGGACAGUGGACAGCAAACGCCCUGGAAAGCUCCUGAGGAACAACAAGCAGAGACUCAAUGACUACAAGUUGGGUGCCAGCGUGGGAAUCUGCAUAGAACCUCUGGAAAAAGAAGAGAAUUUGGGCCCCCAUGAGCUGCUGCUGCGAGUCCAGAUGGGAAUUCCAGGAGAAAGGGACUACUCUGACUGCAGGGAUUUGGUGUGGGACAUCUCCAAGGAAUGCACCACCUGGGCACUGAGGCAGAGAGUGGCCUCUCACUACUGUCUCCCUGUGGAGAAAAUCGAAAUAGCCAAAUACUUCCCGGAGAGAUUCGAGUGGCUGCCAAUAUCCAGCUGGACACAGCAAAUUUCCAAGAGGAAAAGGAGGAAAAAGCAGGAGAGUUUGCAGUCAGCACCUUAUCACCUGAGGGAUGGAGACAUCAUUGGGGUGAAGAACCUUCUCCUUGAUGACACCAAGGACUUCAGCACAGUGAGAGAUGACAUUGGGAAAGCGAAGCAAAGGCAGCUGGCCCUGGAAAAAAAGAAAAGUCGCCAAGCCAGGAGUGUCCAGGAGCCCUUUUUCCUGGAGGAGAAGCUGCCCACAAAGCCCCGGAAACCAGAAGUGGCUCUUUCCAUCAAUGUGGGGGUUUUCAGAUAGCACAGGAGGGGCUUUGCUCACCACAACACACUGUAUCCAUCUACCUACAUGGAGCAGCCAGAGGGGCUUUCCCAAAGUGCCCUCAAGAAUCCCGGAGCCAAACUGGGGGUAGGAUUCAGGAUAACUCGGACUUUUCUCUGCUCUCUCUUGGGGAAGUGCUUUAGUGUCCCUUUCUCCACGUGGUACCUACUCUCAGGCUGGGUAAAUGCACUUUAUCUAGGAGGAAAUGGAGUAAUAUAUUCAAUAAUAUUGCUGACUCUUUUGUAUUCUCCCUAAAUGGAUUUUUUGGGGGCAGGUCUGACACAUUGCACCAUCACUACUGAGUUUUAAUCCUGUCAGAAUCAUCUCUCUGUAGAAUUUCUUUUUUUUUCCCAUCCCUCAUCACUGAAGUUACUACCAGUACCAGAAUUUGCUUUUCUCUCUUUAUAUGUAAACCUAAGUCUGUAGGAGCUGGAGCCAGACUUGAGGAAUGAAGGAAACAUGGAAAUCUCUGAACAAAGUGUACAAAAUGGGCUGAAAAAAGGGCAAAUUCCGGAUCUGUCAAGAUGUAAAACCCAGAGGGCUUCUGUGACCUGGAACAAGAGUGUGGUACACUUACAGUUUGAAGUUUCCAGGGCUUUUUUUUGUUGCCACUAAAUUGAAUUUUGCAGUUUCUAGGGCUUUUUUGUUGUCCAUAAGUUUCAUUAACAGACAAAACGGUUGGAAAGAAUUGACAGACCCAGUGUUUGGUGUUAAGUGGGUUUUACUGUACUCAGGAAAAGGGCUUGUAUUUAUUUUCUGUGCUCUUUUUUCAGAGGAAUUUCCCUCAUUUCUCAUCUUUCCAGUUGUUCUAACGCUCUGUUACAUUUACUGUGUUCCUCUCGGUGUCACAGGGCUGAGGUGGAGCCUCUGUCUGACAUCAGGUUCUGAAGUAUUAAGAUCAAAAGUAAGCCUGACUAUCCCUAAUUAAUAAUAAUGAGAGGACAAAAUACAAGUUGCUUUUGGGAACUGCAGCAAAUAUUUGACAGUGGAGGAGAUUUUGUAGCAGGAGCUGCCAGUUCAGCAGACUCCUAAAAUUUUGCCUAAGGUGGGAUUUUUCCUGCACCUUUUCGAGGUUAAGAAUAUUCUGGUAUUUCAGACAGCUGAAAGAUAAAAACUGACACUCAGAUAUCAGCAAAAAAGAAGUGAAAAGUGCCACAAAGCACACAAAGCACAUGAUUAGUAUUUAUUUAUUUCUGUGCAUAUCUUUGAAAUUCAGCUUCUGUGCUUUUGGGGGCCGAUCACUCCAGAAGGGGCUCUUUGAUGUCCUUGAAUUCACUUGAAUCCUGAAAUCCUGGUUUCAUGGGUAGGUUUCCUGCCUGAGGUGAGGGCAGCUGAUGCUUUCCUAUCUUAUUUUGUCGCCUUUUUCCAAAUCAAGUGUUCUUGGGAGCCCAUGUUUCCAGGAGGGAUCCAGGUGCUGAUUGGAAAGCUUUGUGUUUCCAGGUGGUUCCACUGCAUUGCACUUCCCUGCUGUCCCUUUAGUGCCUCCAGCUCUUGCUGGAGAGCUGGACUGAGCUCAGCCUUCCCCCUUUGAGAACUCUGCUUUCUCCCGGAGAACACCGAGGUUGGAGAAACUGAAGUGGGAAUUCCAAGAGGGGAUUUUGUGCCUUUGUUCAAGUGUGAUGUAGCAGCACCUGCACUGAACCAAUCUUGGAUUAUUUUUCAUAUUGGCUCAAAAAUGCAUUUUUCUUUUUUCCUUAAAACUCUCGUGGGUCAUUCCACAAGGAGAGAGUUUCUGGAAAAUGGGGGGGUAGGGAGAGGGAACCCCUUUGGAAAAUGGAGUCUUUGUGACUCCGUGGGUUAUGAUGGUUAUAUUGCGAAGCCUGGAAAAGCUUUCAUCUUUGUUUUUCAAGUGUUCUUCACAAAAUAAAAUGUCAUUUCUAGAU